GUUGUCUGGACAGAGGAUCCACGAAAGAGUCUGACCUACCUGGGAAAUGCCAAACCAGCUGAGCCAUCAGGAGCUGUGAAUCUGAUCCAACAUGGAGCACUGGGACUCGCUGGGAUUUUUGGUUGUCACUCUCAAUUAUAAUGUGUCAAUUAUAGGAAAGAUCUGGCUAAUGCUGGUAGUUCUGCUGCGAAUGGCAGUGGUGGUGUUAGCAGGCUAUCCGCUCUAUCAGGAUGAACAGGAGCGCUUCGUCUGCAACACCCUGCAGCCUGGAUGCUCCAAUGUUUGCUAUGACUUGUUCUCUCCCAUAUCUCACUUCAGGUUCUGGUUCAUACAGACUGUGUCUAUCUUGCUACCUUACACUGCAUUCAGUGUUUAUGUUCUGCACAAGGUAGCAACGUACAUUGUAAGAAAGCACUGUUUGGUGCACGGGUGCAGAGGGAAUAAGGGUUUAUCAAACCCCAAAGACCUGAAGGAACGCUGUAGGAGUGAUCUUGUCAAUAGAUUGGAUUGUGAUAUGGACAACCUAGAUGUCCUCAAUUUUUCUGGGGCAUACGCUGUUCAUCUUUUUUUUAGGACACUGAUUGAGGCUGCUUUUGCAGCUGCACAGUAUUUCCUCUUUGGAUUUUUUGUUCCCGAGCGCUUUUCCUGCUACCAUUCACCUUGUACAAGCACAGUUGAUUGCUACAUCUCCCGGCCCACCGAGAAAUCCAUCAUGAUGGUUUUCAUUUGGAGUGUCACCAGUCUGUCCUUUCUGCUCAGCCUUGCUGACCUUGUCUAUGCUCUUCGACAAAUGACAGCAAGAAGCCAGAGGAACAAGCAGCUGGCCAACUCCCACAGAGAGAAUGAGGGCCUUUUAAAUAUUCCCCCAGCACAGUCUGGUAGUUCUUCCUCUCCCCAAAAUCAAGACUGCCAAGCACUGAAUGGCAGCCAGACCAGCGACGGCUCCUGCUCACUUCUCUCUGAAGAGGAAGAGGAGGCUGCUCUUUAUCCUGAAGAGGUCUCUCAGCAAGCUGCCAGCACUAACCUUAACAGCAACAGCCAUAAGCCCUGUGUGUCAGGAGAUCUUGCUGUUAAGCAGGAUAGCAUUGAAGAACACCUGUGUGCUGGUGACCAGCAAGGAACUGCAUGCCAGCAAGUGAGACCUGGGCUCCAGCAAAGCUUCGUUAAAGAUACUGUCAUGACUUUGAGACCUCAGAUCAAGUCUCACCUUGGAGGUUCUUCCUCUGUAGUUCAGAGCAAGCUUUUAGGAUACUGCCCUUCAGCUGAGCUAAAAAAUCCCGAUGCGCAAUCAAAUUAUAGCAGUACUAGUUGCUUGAGAUUGAAAAAGUCCGAAUGGGUAUAGAGCCCUGAGAGCACCCUAUGCUUUGGGCCAGCAGGACAGAUUACUGUGCUCCUGAGGGGUGUCAGAAAAUCACAAGGGCAGAGACUUGCUGCUUUGCUGUACAUGGCUAAUCAAAGAAGGAGAAACAAACCUCCGCUGAGCAAGAAGAAAAAGCUCAAAUGAGAAUUUAAAGGAUAUUGCAUUAACUGAACAGUUUCUAUGAAAAUAUAACACAUUUACACUUUUCCAGCUAUGACUCUAAAAAGCUGUUGACGGUGACUGACCAGUUGUUCUAGGAGUUCAUUUGUACAGUUGUUUGCUCUCACCUACUGCAACAGAUUGAACUUAGGAAAGGUGUGACUUCCAAGCACACUUGUAUGUUGUCCACUUUCAGAGGGUUAACUGAUCUCCUCACAAUCAUAGAAUCAUAGAAUCACAAGGUUGGAAAUGACCUACAAGAUCAUCCAGUCCGACCGUCCUCUCAUUACCAUUGCCAGCACAAGCACUAAACCACAUCUCACAGCACGUCAUCCA